GCAAAAGCACUUAAAUCUAAAUCCUAAAAUCAGAGGGGUUUUCAGAGAAGUGAACAUAAGCACCAGUAAGAGAACUUCAGGUUUAAGCAUUUAAACAGUUGUGAUCCUGAUCCUAGAAGGUCAGGAAGGCCUGGAAGUCAUGACAACACUAUCCUAAUAAGGAUUGCUGCUCAGGCUUUUGUGUGUUUGUGAGAAAGAGAGAGAGAGGAAGUGAUGGUGUGAUAAUCAGAGGGGUACCUGUCUAUCUGUCUGUCAGUCUCAUGUCUUUCUUGCCACUCUCAGUCAGAGCUUUUUCAGAGAACUCAGGAGGAAAAAGCCAUGAUGUCUGAUUCCAGGGCGUCGUCUGUCAUCCAGGAAUGGGUCAGCUCUUACUCAGGCCCGGCCCACACAGGCACCCAAAGCUCCGUCACCCCCAGCCAGGCUGUGCCGACCAGCCAGAUGGAAAUGAUGUCCUACAACCAGUCUCAGGGGAUGAUGAGGGUUGACGACAGAGUGGCUGAGCAGAUGAUGGGUCUGCCCUAUCUGUCCUAUGGAACAACCUGCAUUGGCAACACGCCACACUUAGGGAGCGCCAACCAACACCAGAACCACUCUCAGCAGGACUUCCCCCCCUGUCUACUGCCCUCUCUGCGGUCCCCAGUGACCAAAAGGAGCAUCAGCAAGGACAGCGCCGAGUACCGCCUGAGACGGGAGAGGAACAACAUCGCCGUGAGGAAGAGCCGGGACAAAGCCCGCAGGAGGAUCCUGCUAACCCAGCAGAGAGCCCUGCAGCUGCAGGAGGAAAACCAAAAGCUGCAGAUGAGGAUAGGGCAGCUCACACAGGAGCUGGACACUCUGAAGCACAUCCUGUCACAGCGCCACCUGCAGGGCAGUGAGCAGGCCGCAACAGCAGAGUCCCUCUGAAACUCUGGAAUUUAACUUUUUUAUUUUAUUUUCCAUCACUGAUU